CCGAGAUCCACCGAUGCUAGGCUAACUACCUUUAGCUGCCGGGAGCGGACAUGUUGUACCGACCCCUCCUUGGAUAAACAUUGUAUUAAGCGGGGAAUCGGGUACUGGGGAAAGGCUAGGGGGACCGGGACCAUGGAGGCCGUCAACGCCUUUAACCAGGAGUUAUUCUCCCUGAUGGAAUCCAAGCCCCCGAUCUCUCGGGCGAAGAUGAUAUCCAUCACCAAAUCAGCCAUCAAAGCUAUGAAACUCUACAAACAUGUGGUCCAGAUUGUGGAAAAGUUCAUUAAGAAGUGCAAGCCUGAGUACAAGGUAGCAGGUCUGUAUGUGGUGGACUCCAUUGUUAGGCAGUCCAGACACCAGUUUGGAGCAGACAAGGACGUGUUUGGCCCAAGAUUUACCAAAAACAUCGCAGGAACUUUUGAGAACCUCUGCCUUUGCCCUGUAGAGGACCGGAGUAAGAUUGUGCGAGUGUUGAACCUGUGGCAGAAGAAUGGGGUGUUCACGAUCGAGAUUAUUCAGCCUCUCUUGGACAUGGCAGCUGGUUCUGGCAGUGCUGCAGCUCCGUACACAUGCACAGACGAGCCAGGUUCUUCUCCACCUCCAGCCAAAGAGCCAGUUACUGCAGUAACGGCAAACUCCACCAUAACACCCACUGCUCAGCUGCAGAACUCUGAUGCCUUUGCUGCUGUGGCACAACUCUUCCAGUCGUCACAGGGUCAGCAGCUUCAACAGAUGCUGCAGAACUUUCAGCAGCAGCCUGUGAAGCCCGACAUCCCCACUCAGCCUCCUCUUCAUAUGAGCCACAUACAGACUCAAAACAUCAACCCUGUCCUAGGCAUCAGCACUUCACAGCCUCCCCUGCCCACUCAGCCCACGCAGCAGAAAUCUGCCUUUGACACGAAAUUGCUGGACCGUUUUGACUAUGAUGAUGAGCCAGAAGUUGGGGAGGAAACAAAGAAGGAUGACACUGCAACUCAGCCCUCCUUUAUUCAGCAGCCUCCAGGCUUCCCACAACAGCACAUGGAGCACUUUAAACCACAGAUGAUGAACAUGUCACAAGAUCUCUUGCAACAGGUUCCACUCCCUCCUAAUGGCCAGCUCCAGGCCUAUGGUUUACCACCAGGACAAAACUUCCCAGGUAUCAUGCCUCCUAUGGGGCAUGUUCAUCCUGGGCAGCCCCUCCCUGGUUCCACUGGGCCUCCAGGUUUCCCAGGAGUAUUUCCUCCACAUAAUGCUGCCCAGCAACAACAGGACUUGUCGAUGGAUACAGACCUUUCAUCUAUGAGGGAUGGCAGACACGGUCAAAGGUCGCGCUCCGGCUCUCGGUCUCCAAAGCGGAGGAGGUCACGGUCUAAUUCCCGCACACGGCGGUCGAGGCACAGGCGUUCCCGCUCACGCUCCAGAGAGCGGCGUCACCACUCCCCACGCUCUCGCUCGCAGGACCGUAGGGAGAGAGAGAAGGAGAGAGAGAAGGAGCGAGAGCGACGGCAGAAAGGCCUCCCACCAUCCAAGAGCGAGACGCUAAGCAUUUGCAGUACGACUCUCUGGGUGGGCCAGCUCGACAAGAGAACACAACAGCAAGAUGUUGCAUGUUUACUAGAGGAGUUCGGGCAGAUAGAAUCCAUCAAUAUGAUCCCUCCACGCGGAUGUGCCUAUAUAGUUAUGAUACAUAGGCAAGAUGCCUACAGGGCCCUUCAGAAGCUUGGCAGAGGAUCUUACAAAGUUAAUCAAAAAUCCAUCAAGAUUGCUUGGGCUUUGAACAAGGGCAUAAAGCCUGAGUUUAAACAGUUCUGGGACGUGGAGCUGGGUGUCACUUACAUACCUUGGUCUAAAGUCAGGGAUGAUCAGUUGGAGGAGCUAAAAGAAGGAGGAACACUGGAUGUCGAGACAUUAUCACCAGAAUGGAGUGGGAUGAGGAAGAUUUUAGAUCUUCCAGAGGAACUGAACCACAAUGGCCGUUCAGAGCCACAGGAGGAGACACAGAUAUUACCUGUGUCUACUGCUGCUGCUCCUCCUGCACAGGUUCCACCAAUGCAGCAGCCAAUGAUCGGUGUGGGUUCCCUCCAGCCUCCUGUCUUUCCUGGACCCAUGGGCAUGCUCCCUCCUUCCUUCCCCCCAGGUGUCCCCCCUCCUCCUUUCAUCAGACCUGGCUUCAACCCCAUGCAGAUGCCUCCAGGUUUCCUUCCCCCUGGUGCGAUGCCUUUAGGUCCCCCACCUGCUGCCAAAGGUGGAGUUGAGGACCAACCUCUGGACCCAGCAAGUCUGGGUAACAGGAAAAACGAUGAAGGCUCAGAGGGUCCCAACAUCUUCAACAAUCAGAUGGCACCUAUGGGCAACCAACUAGGUGCACCACCAGGUGGUCUUUCAGGUAUACCUCCAGGUGGUCCUCCAGGAAGCAUCCAACCUCCCACUGGUGGCCUGCUUGGUGCACGGCCUGGUAUAAUCCCACUGCAGCGUCCUCCUGUUCCUCCACUACCACACAUGCAACGUUUCCCUCCACCCCAUGUGACACGACCUCCUCACCCCAACAUGCCCCCUAUGCCCCCACAGAUGUUACCAAGGGGGCCCCACCCUCAGCCCCUUGCACCCAAAGGAGGUUUUGGGAUGCUACCUCCCCUCAACAUACGUGCUUCUUUCCCCCCACAUGGGCACGGGCCACUUCCUCAGGUUUCUCUUCCUCAAGUUUCUGUUCCUCAAGUUUCUGUUCCUCAAGUUCCUCUUCCUCAAGGUCCUCCUCCUUUUAUCAGACCAGGAGGACCUCGUGGCUUGGAAGGACCAGAAGAAACAGAGGGUAGACCUUUUAGGGGAGAAAGACCUGGAUUCAGGGACCGAGAGCCAGACAGGGAGAGAGACUGGGAUCGGGACAGGGACAGAGAGAGAGACCGGGGUUUUGGAGGUGGAAGGCGAGCAUUUGGUGAUGGACCGAGAGGUGCGGGUGGUGAUAGAAUGGAGGGGAGGGACAGGCUUGGAGGCUGGCAGGAAGACGGAGGCAAUCACCGAGGAGGAUGGGAGAGAGAUCGGGACAGGGAUCGGGAUCGGGACAGAGACCGCGAUCGGGACCGAGACAGAGACAGACGAGACUGGAGGGAGAAGCGAAGCAGUCUUGACAGGGACAGGGAACGAGGAAGGGGUGAUAACGGGGAAAGGGAUCAUGGGAGGGGGGAAGGAGGAGAAAGAGGAAGGGGAGACAGAGGGAGUCGAGAGCGAGAAAGAGGGAGAGGAGCUGAGGGGAAAGAAGGGGACAGGCCCAGGCGAUCAGAGCGGCGAGAGAGGAUCUCGCGAUGGGACAGGGACGAUCGACUAGCCGAACUGGAAAACAUGGAAUUUCGGACCUCUAACAGCACAGAGAAACCCUGUGUGACUCCUGCGCCUACUGUGGAAGCUAGUCAAAAACCCAGUGAGGAAGCUUCUCAACAAAAGCCAGACUCAGAACUCCUAGCUCCGCCCCCCGAGGCAACUGCUGCUGCAAAAGAGCCGGUGCCGACUGAGCCUUUACCUUCAGUUCAGAGUGAAACUACAGACAUAAAACAGGAAUCAGCAUCAUAGACUGGCUCAGACUGUUCCUAAUCGCCAGACAUUGCUGCUGAGAACCACUGAAAGAUGACCCAGGUGUUUGUCACCAUGGUAACCAGUCUCAACUCCUGGAAAGAAUAAUAACUAGCCACAGUUUAUCAGAUGGGGUUUGUUAGUUUCUGGGAAGAAACACAUUUCUUGAAAGCAAACAUCUCCCACACAUAGAAUUUACUGUUUUUACGGUCAAGUUUCAUUUUGCAUCCUUGUCUCAAACCAAAAGAACACAAUGAGAGAGAGUCAGUUUGGGGGAGAAGUGAUGCAGUAAUGCAUUGGUUGUGACCACUAAUGUUUCUCCUCACAUGUGAUAAUGUUGCUCUGUCCACUAGAGCUUAAUGUCAGCGUAGGUUUUAUGUUUUUACUCAAAUUGGUUCAAAGAUGGCAAACAAAUUAUGUUUAUGGCACCGCUUUAGUUCAAGGCCUCAUCCUUUCACCCCUCAACAUAGCAAAUCCAUUCAUUUUUAAAUUCAUAUGUUUUUAUUUGCUAAAAGAUUCACGUCAAACACUGAAUAUCUUGAGCGUUUCUGUUCUUUUAUUUUUUUUUCAUCCUGUCUUGCCUGAAGGGCACUGCUUUGAAAGGACUAUGGUGGCCUUAAAACCUAUUCAAGAUACUAGGUAAUUGGAUGCUGGCCUUAUGAUUUAAACAACAUAUUCCUUAGUUUACAUGUUUUGGUAAACUUCCCAGAAUUUUACCAAAGUCUAUCCGUGUUUUUGACAUAUGCACAUUUUCUGGCCAACACCUCGAGUCUUUAAAAAUCACUUUAGAAGCCGAGCUCACAUGGUCCCUGAAUCUAACAGUGAUUAUGUUCAGUUUCCUUUCAAAAAUGUAACACUUUCAUUCUCAUUAUUUUGACCAUGACUCAACGAUACCUAACAUUUUUGACACAACUGUGUCAUUUUAUAACCAAACUGUCGUGAGAAUCUUUUAAUGCUAUUGUUUGGUUACUGAAAUAUUGAGCAGUGGCAUAGGGAAACUGACUGAAUGGCCGAGAGGCAUUUCAGAUGAGUGAUUUCAACAUUAGGAAUGAAAGAAUCCCAGGUUUCUUGUGGCAUAGCUCCCUUGGAAUAUUUAAGAAAUAAUCAGUUUUGAUGCCAUUAGAUAAUCAGACUUUGUUUCAGAAGUCAGUAGGAACUAAAUGUGGAGAUGUUAUGCAAAAAUUCAACUCAGUUUUCCCAUUAAUACGCUCUUCAAUAACUUACAAAUUUUUAUUUUGAAACGAAAUGUUUAGGUCAUUUUUUAAACAUUUACAUCUUGAAAGUGCUGCUGAAAAAAAUCAUGUGUACAACCAAGUAAUUAUUUCUGCUGUCUAAAUUUAAUGCAGUUGUCUAAAGGUGUGUAUUUUAUGUUAACAAAAUAAAGCAGAGUCCUUUUUUUUUGUCAAUCCAACUGAAGUACGUCCAACCCAAGUUAAUUUUAUCUAUUGUACUCAACAAAAACAAGCGUAACUCCAGGCGCCAGCUCUGUCAUUUUGUAUAAAUAUAAGUUAGUAAGUGGUAACGUGAUCUUUCCCUGUGCGUACUGAAGGAAGGGGGAAUUACCUUGGCUCAGAUGAAUUAUGUUUUGGAAUCUUUAUCGAUUUGUCUCGUAUAUGUGUCAAACUUUGAUAUAAAUUACUUUUGGCCACAUGAGAAUUCAUUUUUCUUUGGUCUUUGACAAACACAGCCUUCAAACUUGGUGUCCAUAUCACUGAAUACAUAUUGUGUCUGAUAUUAUUUUACUUUUUUAACAUAUCACGCCCAUGGUCUGCUCAAGCUCAAGUCUUGUUCUGUAGUCGUUCUAACGCAGAGACACCAAGGGCUAAGCUUAAGUGAUGAAUUGAAGAGUAUUGCUCGGGACACUUUGCUGUAAAUAUGCUUGUAACACUGACACUCCUAGGGCGUCAACAGUGAUUGUUGUUAAUAAUCUGUGAUUCAUUUACUGGGGAGUAAAGGAAAAAAAAAAAAAACCUGUUGACAUUGAAGGAAUAACAGAGGCCCUUUGCUUUAAUGUUUUUAACUCCUCAUGGUUUGAAAGUUGACAGAUGUUUCUAUGACUUGUAAAAAAAAAAAUGCAAAAGACAUGGACAUAAAGUCUUCAAUAUUUCAACCAUAGGAAAUUGUUUUUAAUAAACUAUUUUUUUACCAAAAACA